ACACUGGAAAAUGCGUCGAAGUUGGAUUGCUUAUGUGUAAUUCAUGCAAGAAGUUUCUCAAAGACCAACAUGAUCAACAGCUCCCGCUGCAACCUGAUGAGCCAUGUACAGUAUCUACUGAAAMGCUGGUUCCUGUUGAUACCCAUGAGGAAGGAAUUUCGUCUCCCACCAGUACAGAUUCCUUAGAGGAAAUGUUUAGUAGACUAGAGGUUACAUCACUGGACGAUUCGACUUUCAUGUCUCCAGACACCGAGAGRACCACAUCAACACAAAGUGAUAGUGAUCUUACAGCACAUCAAGAAAAAAAGAGACAAAAUCUCAAUAACUUUCUCAGUGCUUGCGGWAUCCCUGCUAUUGUAAAGAUAUGGCAAAAUUGGAGCAGCUCCAGUGAUAGAACUCGACAACGCUAUACAACAAAAUCGGCCAAGAUAGUGUCUGCAAUGCUAAAGACUGUAACUCCUGAUGAUGACAGUGCUGCUAGCCUAUGGAAAAGUCUGGUUGCUUGUCCUGAUAUCUCACAYCUUCUUGGGACGGAAACAUUGAGUCACUCCGAACAYACGUAUUUGAAGUCACUUGCAGAAGCAUACAACAAUGCCCUAAGCUGGGAAACACGCAGACAGAUCCUAUCUGUUAUGUCUGGUAUAGCUUCAUAUAAGACACUGAGUGAAUAUAUUCCAGGACUGACUCAGUAUAGGUACACCACCGCCAAUUUGCAUCGCCUGCAAUUUGGAACGGGAGCUGAAAUCGCAAGAAAAACUACGCACUCGAGAAUUUGUAUAGACAAAACACAACUGGACCACUUCCUUGACUUUAUCACAAGUCCGCACCUAGUCCAAGACCUUCCAUUUGGCAAAAAAGACCUCAAGCUGUCUACAGGUGAAAUCAUAGAAGUGCCUAACGUCAUACGAUCUAUGGUUCCACAAAGAAUUGUCAAACAGUAUCAGCAGUACUGCAGCGAAAUUAACUUCAAACCGUUUAGCGAAAGAACAAUGCUUAGAGUGCUCUCAGAGUGUAGUGCGUCUGUAAGGAAGUCUCUCCAGGGCUUAGACUAUUUUGCAGCUGAUGGUGCGCAGGCGUUCGACAACCUGAUAUCAAUUGUUCGACAGCUGAGUGAGUUUGUUGCAGAUAGUGACUGGGAAGCAGCCGCCAUAGAUUCCCUGAAGACUUCAAAGAUGUACCUCAAAGGAGAUUACAAGGUUCACAUAUCAAACUCCUCUAAGGUUGCAGAUCACUGCAUUCCAUACUCUUUAAAUGAAAACGGUACUCAAGAAGAUUACAGAAAGCCAUGCGACCACACCCACGAUGAGUGCUGCAAUCAAUGUAAAGCUCUUSAUGCUGUUCUAAACGGCAUUYACGAGAGAGUUAAGCAAGCGACAUUUCCAUCGGUAGAUGACCACGACGAAGCUGUUUACCUUACAGAAUCAGCCAUAACUGCCAUACAHAAUUGGAAGAGCCACUUACUCAGAUCUGCCAAUCAAGACCAAGCCCGAACUGACGUCCUAGACUUAUUGGACGAGAAGUCUGUCCUAAUUGUAAACGACUGGGCUAUGAAGUUCUUACCCAGGAAAUACCGAGAGUCCCAGACAGAUUGGUUUGGGAAACGCGGUAUUUCCUGGCACAUUUCUGUUGUGUAUCGCAGGCUGAAAGGACAGAUUCAAUGGCAGGGGAUGGUGCACAUUAUCCAGUCUUGCAGCCAGGGAAGUCCUGCCGUUGUCUACAUAAUGGAAAAUGUCCUAAAGACCAUCAAGAAAGACCACCCAGAAGUCAAAACAGCAUAUUUUCGCCAAGAUAAUGCUGYGUGUUACCACUCCAACGAGACAAUUACAUCAUGCCCGGUAAUCUCACAGUCAAGUGGAAUCAAUAUCGCACGGAUUGACUUUAGCGAUCCACAAGGUGGCAAAGGUCCAGCAGAUAGACUUGCCGCAACAUGCAAAGCGCAUAUUAGAAGAUAUGUAAACGAAGGCAAUGAUGUGACCACUGCUGAACAGAUGAAAGAAGCCAUCACUUCAUAUGGAGGAGUGCAAGGAGUGAGAGUUGCAGCAAUGGACAGUAUAGAUGAGACUCUUGAAAUGACACAAAAGAUACCAGGGAUCAGCAAGCUAAACAACUUCGCAUUUGAGACAAAGACCUGCACAACUGUAAGAACGUGGCGAGCGUACAGAAUUGGCAAAGGCAAGCUUAUCACUGUUGAUAAGCCAGAUAAAG